AUGGCACCUAAGCCUCCUGCUCCUCCACCCACAAAUCCUGAUGCACUUGAUAUGAUGAGAAUGAUGGAAUCAGUGAUUAGUGCGAUGUCGGGCUUUCUAUCAAGGAAUUCUAUCAAGGAAUUCCCUGCUUUAGUGGAGAUGGCAAGAGUCUUAGAGAAGACUAAGUUGGAAGUUGAUAGCCAAAAGAGCCAGCCGUUGAGAGUGGGAGGUCCAGUGAUGUCCAGAGGUGGUUCUAGUUCUAGGAGGACUCCCUAUUCUAGGUCUCCUUCUCAUGUGCCUAUAGGGUCUUCUUCUCAGGCUUUUGUGUCGUCUAGACCUUCCAGCAAUUCUGUGGGAGUGAGAUGCUAUUCUUGUGGAGGUCCCCAUCUUCAGUCAGUCUGUCCUCAGAUGGAGGGUUUCAAGAGGUGUAAUAUAUGCCGUGUUGAUGGGCAUUAUGCCAAGGAUUGUCCUAUUGUCAGGAGGACAGAUUGUGUUGCUGAUUUGGGAUUAGUUGUGAGAGAGUUACAAUAUGAUUUGGCUGUAGCUACUCCCACUUCGGGGUUGGUCAAGACAUCUACUUUGUGUGCUAGAUGUUCUGUGGUUGUAGAAGGGAGUCGGUUCAAGGUAAACCUCAUUUGUUUACCUUUGCAAGGUUUAGAUGUGAUCUUGGGGAUGGAUUGGAUAUCUGCUAAUCGCAUUCUCAUAGACUGUGGUGAGAAGAAGUUAGUAUUUCCUGAAGAAGAAGUGGCAGUGUUGUUGUCUUCGGGACAACUGAAGUAA